AUGGCUGAUAAGAACUUGGCCAGGGGCUUCAUCCGCCCAGCCUCCUCCCCCUUUGCAGCGCCUGUAUUAUUCCGGAAAAAGAAGGACGGGGGAUUGAGGCUGUGCAUGGACUACAGGGGUUUGAAUGCUGUAUCAGCCACUAACGCAUACCCGAUGCCCCUAAUUAAAGAUCUACUUGCCAAGGCGGCAAGAGGGAAAAUAUUUUCCAAACUCGAUCUCAGAGACGCUUAUUUCCGAGUGCACAUCAAGGAAGGCGAUGAAGUAAAAACUGCCUUCAACACUCCAUUGGGGCAGUUCGAGUACCUCGUGAUGCCCUUCGGUCUUCAAGGGGCCCCAGGGGUCUUUAUGAAUCUGAUCAACGAGGUGUUGCAUAAACAUUUGUUUAAGGGGGUGCUUGUUUACUUGGAUGACAUUUUAAUCUAUUCCCCCGAUCUAACCUCCCACGCGAAGUUGGUGAGAGAAGUUCUGAGUACGUUGCACAAGCACAAACUGUUUGCCAAACUCUCCAAGUGCGAAUUCCAUAAAACACACAUUGACUUUUUGGGUUAUCGCAUCUCAGGGACUGGGCUAGAGCUGGAUCCGGGGAAGCCUUCUGAAGAAAGACAAUGGGUCUUGCCAGUGGCGGGAUGA